UGCUUUGCAAAAGCAGGAGAAAGAAAGAGACACAGAGAGAGCUCUCUCCCCUCCUCCCUCCCUCUGCCUUUUCUCUUUUCCUAAAUUCAACUUUUUGCAGCUUGCAGGAAGGCUGGUUGCCGGGGGGUUCUGCAUGGGGACGAUCAAGGGAGGUCUUAGAGGGGGCUGUAAGGCUGCCUUCGGGUGGUUUUUCCUCCUUGCUGCUUGAUUGUCAAGGAUUCUCGGUCACCCUAGAAAAUAUCUCUUGCAUUACCCCAGGGCAGGCCCUGGCACCCACCCUCUGUCUGCACUGGAUUCUCUCUGUUAAGGGGUGCACAGGCAGGAUGUACCAUCUCAGAGGCUCCUGUUGGAAGUGGAUGGUGUCUGACUGAUUUCUCAAUGCAGGCGGCUGAUAGGCUACCCCAGGAUCCAGGGCUAAUCCCUUCCCUUCUCCCUGAACCUAGGAGGCAUCUGGAGUUUCCCCCAAAACACAGGCUGUCUCCCCAACAUGGCAGCAUUGAGGCACUUGUGAUCACAAGGCUGCAGUAAGGAUCUCUCCCAGCUUCCUCUGUCUGCUGUCCUGCCAUGAAGCUACACACUGAUUGCAACUGGGGCCCCUGUCUGUGGAGGUAUGGCCUCUCACCUGCAGAUCUUCUCCUCUCACGGCCUCCCGUUGAGUGCUUUCUGUAGUGCGAAGAAACCGAAGUUGGAAUUAAGCCCUACCUGGGAUAUGACCGGUUACGGCUGCCAUAGCAAGGUCUAUAAUCCAGGCAAGAGCAGCUGCACAUCCGGCCAGCCAGUGCUCACCCACGCCUCCCUCCUUCAAGCACCGUAUGAGCAAACGGUCAUAUUCCCUACCAGUGCAGGCCACAUUGUGGUGACCUCAUCCAGCAGCGCUUCUUCAACAGUAGUGGGUGGUCAAACGCUUGGCGGCCCCCAAACCAACCUAAUGCGUCGAAGUACGGUUAGCCUUCUGGACACCUACCAGAAGUGUGGCUUGAAGAGGAAGUGUGAAGAGUUGGAGAACAACAGCAGUGUGCAGAUUGUGGAUGAGCAUCCUCCCAUGACCCAGAACAAUGCAAGUGGUGCCACAGCUGCCACAACUUCCACGGCCACUUCAAAGAACAGUGGCUCCAACAGUGAAGGAGAUUACCAGCUGGUGCAACAUGAGGUCUUGUGCUCGAUGACUAAUACUUAUGAAGUGCUGGAGUUCUUGGGCAGGGGCACCUUUGGUCAGGUAGUAAAAUGCUGGAAAAGAGGAACCAACGAGAUAGUAGCCAUAAAAAUUCUAAAGAAUCACCCAUCAUAUGCUAGACAAGGUCAAAUCGAAGUGAGCAUUUUAGCUCGGCUGAGUACAGAAAGUGCAGACGACUUUAAUUUUGUGAGAGCCUAUGAAUGUUUCCAGCACAAGAAUCACACCUGCCUUGUGUUUGAAAUGCUUGAGCAGAAUCUCUAUGACUUCCUGAAGCAAAACAAGUUCAGCCCAUUGCCCCUUAAGUAUAUUCGUCCGGUCCUGCAGCAGGUUGGCACUGCACUCAUGAAAUUAAAGGGCCUAGGACUUAUUCAUGCCGAUUUGAAGCCUGAGAACAUCAUGCUUGUUGACCCUUCCAGGCAACCAUACAGGGUCAAGGUCAUCGACUUUGGUUCUGCCAGUCAUGUCUCCAAAGCUGUGUGUUCAACGUAUCUGCAAUCCAGAUAUUACAGGGCUCCUGAAAUUAUAUUGGGGUUACCCUUUUGUGAGGCUAUCGACAUGUGGUCUUUAGGAUGUGUUAUAGCUGAGCUGUUUUUAGGGUGGCCUUUGUACCCUGGGGCUUCGGAAUAUGAUCAGAUCCGCUAUAUCUCCCAGACCCAGGGUUUGCCGGCAGAAUACCUGCUCAGCUCUGGUACAAAGACCACUCGCUUCUUCAAUAGGGACGGUGAUUCUCCAUAUCCACUUUGGAGACUGAAGACACCUGAUGACCAUGAAACAGAGACUGGUAUCAAAUCAAAAGAAGCCAGGAAAUACAUCUUCAACUGUUUAGAUGACAUGGCACAGGUGAAUAUGACUUCAGAUCUGGAGGGCAGUGACUUGCUGGUUGAGAAGGCAGACAGACGAGAGUUCAUCGAUCUUCUGAAGAAGAUGCUGACUAUUGAUGCUGACAAGAGGAUAACCCCCAUUGAGGCUCUUGGCCAUCCGUUCGUCACCAUGCAACAUCUUCUGGACUUUCCGCAUAGUUCACAUGUAAAAUCCUGUUUCCAGAACAUGGAGAUCUGCAAGCGACGGGUGAAUAUAUACGACACUGUGAAUCACAGCAAAACCCCUUUUAUUACACAUGUGGCCCCCAGCACAUCCACUAACCUCACCAUGACCUUUAGCAAUCAGCUUAACACUGUGCAUAGUCAGCCUUCCGCUGCAUCCAUGGCAGCCGUUGCUCAAAGGAGUAUGCCUCUGCAAACAGGGGCAGCACAGCUAUGUGCCCGGCCGGACCCCUUCCAACAGGCUCUGAUUGUGUGCCCGCCAGCCUUCCAAGGGCUGCAGACCUCUCCUUCCAAACAUGGCGGGUACUCUGUGCGCAUGGAGAACACUGUUCCGCUUGUCACCCAGGCAGCUGGUGCGCAGGCUCUGCAGAUUCAGCAAGGGCUCCUGACUCAGCAGGCGUGGCCCAGUGGAACCCAGCAGAUCUUGCUUCCCCCGGCUUGGCAACAAUUGGCUGGCGUGGCUACCCAUACCUCAGUCCAGCAUGCCACCGUUAUUCCAGAAAGCAUGGCAAGCUCCCAGCAGUUGGCAGAUUGGAGGAAUUCCCAUGCACAUGGUGCCCAUUACAAUCCUAUCAUGCAGCAGCCAGCGCUCCUGGCGAGUCACAUGACCUUGCCCUCGGCACAGCCCCUGAAUGUGGGUGUGGCUCACGUAAUGAGGCAACAACCAACCAGCUCCUCCUCUUCACGAAAGAAGCAACACCACUCCUCCAUGAGGAAUUCCUCAACCUACGAGGUGUCCUCCACUCAAAGUCUCACUUCUCCUCAACGUUCCAAACGUGUGAAGGAGAACACUCCGCCACGCUGCUCAGUACCCCAAAACUCUGCUGCUUGUGGGCCCUCCAUUACUUGUGGCUGGGGGGAAAGCUCUGGAGCUGUAUCUCGUGACCGACAACGGCAAACAAUUGUUAUUCCGGACACACCUAGUCCAGCUGUGAGUGUGAUCACUAUAAGCAGCGACACUGAUGAGGAGGAAGAACAGAAACAUGUAGCCCCGAGUCUCUCUAAGCAACGCAGGAAUGUAAUCAGCUGCGUCACUGUUCACGAUUCACCUAUAUCAGAUUCCUCGAGCAACACCAGCCCAUACGCAGCUAACGGCCAGCACCGAGGCACCAACACUACUGCACACGAUGGCAAAUGUCAGCCAGAGAACCCGUGCUCUACUAACCCACGCACCAUCAUUGUGCCACCUCUAAAGACCCAGCCAAGUGAAGGCCGUUUGGAAUGUGAAAGGAGACAGCCAGACACUACCAGCCACCAUUCAUAUAAGCCUAAAUCCUCCACUUCCUCUUUAGCCUCGGCCUCUCACGCCUCUAGUAGCAGUGUGGGAUCAAUCACCUACCGACAGCCACGAGCCCCUGGGCACUCCUUCCAGCAGCAGCCACUAAACCUCAGCCAGGUGUCUCAGCAUCUCAGUACAGAGCGCACAAACAGCCACAGAAGGCAGCAAGCAUAUAUUGCACCCACUCUUGCUCAGGCCCCGUACUCCUUUCCACAUAGCAGCCCUAGCCACGGGGCUGUACACCCACAUCUGGCAGCCACAGCUCAUCUGCCCAGUCAACCUCACUUGUACACCUACACCGCACCUGCUGCCCUGGGCUCCACUGGUACAGUUGCUCACCUGGUGGCAUCACAGGGAUCAGCCAGGCAUGCAGCUUAUCCUGCGAGCAUUGUGCCAGUCAGUAUGGCCCCUCGACUACUUCCUUCCCCAAGCCUCCACCCUAGCCAAUACCAGGCACAGUUUGCCCACCAGACUUACAUCCCAGCAUCCCCAACUUCUACCGUCUACACUGGAUACCCUCUGAGCCCACCUAAAGUCAAUCAGUACCCUUAUAUUUAGCCUCCCGGUCAUUGGGUGGGAUUGUGGCUGCCCAAAAGCUUAUGUUGUGAAUGGAAAAAGGCUUGUGGCAACAUUUUAACCUGGAGGACUAUGGGUCUAAGUACGGGUCAAAGAAAGUAAGAAAGCGUGGCUACAUUUUCUUGCUCUUAAUAAACUCUUCUGGAUUAAAGAAAUACACAGUGGUUCAAUUUUCAUACAGGACCUCUAGACACAGAGAACUGGAAAUCUGUUAAAGAUGCUUAAGAAAGUUAUGUACAUCUUUUAACAGAGGCAGGCUCAACUGUGUGGGACUUGUUACUGGAUCCCCUCAAUGAGGUUUGGAUCCCCUCAAGAGACUGCAAGGUCCCCUAUCUCCACUGGACUUUGUGACUUGCUGCUCUGGGGAGGGAGGGUUGGGGAUUCAUGGUGAACAUUGCUGGAGUCACCCGUUGGGUAACAAGAGAAAGUUGUAUUUAUUAAUCACUGAUUAUUGUUGAGUUACUGAAGAGUCCACUGGGCUUUUCUGAUAUAGCAGUGACUUAGGAGUUUAUCCAGAGUUUUAUAGAGUUAUGUACUGACCACACUUUAACUCUAGAAAACUUAAUUUUAUUUUAUUUUAAAUAUUGCGGUAGAUUAUAGGAUAGCCGAGGGUGCCUAAUCUGGGCCCCCACCAACUUCUUUUCUUUUUUUAUUCUUCAUUUUUUGUUUCAGAGCUAAGGAGAUGGUGGGGUGGCACUCUGGGCACCCCUUUAACUUUCAAGUUAUUUUUAUUCCCCCCUUCUCAGCACUAAUUGCUUUUUGGUUGUUUUCUUUUCUUUUUUUGAGUUUUAGACGAUUGACAUUUUUAACAAAAGAUUUUACAAGGGUUUAGAAAAGAGACUCUGCUUAGGGAACCUCUUUUGGAUUUUAAUACAGAAACCAAAAACUGAGCAGCUUUUUUGUUUUUGGUGAAGCAGGAGUUUUGGGAUGUUGAUAAGGAGUGUAUGUACGAAUGGUAUUCGUGGAUGAUUCUUCUGAGCAGAAAUCGUAAAGUGAAGAAGAGGAUGCCAGCAGAAUAAUCCUGAUUUUCCAGAUUGCGGGCAGCUGUGUGGACACUAAAGGACCUGAUGGAACUUGGAGUCUCGUAAAAAGAAAGAACUGAAAUGGACACAGCUGCUUAACCUCUCACUGUUUCAAGUCACUGUAACUCCUUUUGGUUAAGGAAUUGUCCCUCCUCCUGUGCUACAAUGUAGCACAACCAGGUGUACCCUGUUUUAUAAGCUUCUCCGAUAGAGCUAUAUUUUCUCCUUUAAUCACUGAAUUGCACAAUAGUAUAGAGACCUGUUUUCCCUCAAACUCUGAAACACUAACAGACAAAAUGUGAUCUAAGAUAUUGGCAUGUUACUCUGUGACAGUCCUGGUACUUGUGUGAAUACUUGUGUCCUUCCGUUUCAAGUCCUUUGCUCGUAGUGCCUUACAACCUGCUGAAGAUGUUUGGCCCUAGUGUGUCUCUUUAAAUUGUUUCUUUGUUGUUACCUUAGGUUGGGUUUCAGUCCAGCAAAAUCACUGGUGCUGUUUCCUAUAUACCACUCUGAUUUCUAUCUUUCACCCUGAUCUGCAACCUUGUUAUCCCUUAAUACAAGACCUGCAAUAUGUUGCACGCCCUUGAGUAGUUGGCCCUAAGAAAGUUGAUUAAUAUCAUGUUGCCGUUGCCUGUGAUCAUGUAUCAAUGGGGCGGCUCAUGUAAGAUCUGUACACCGACUAUUCUGGGGUUCUAAAAUAAUUCCCCCCUUUUUAACAACUUAACCAGAAGCUCUAGAGCUAUGGUUUAUAUUUCAGUUCUGUUUAAACCUAUAGCUGCAGGAGCUAGAGCUAUUCACUGUAUUCCAAUCCUGUCCUGCAGCUAAGGGGUUAAUUAUAUAGACAGCAGGUGAGUGGAGAUUUUUCAAAGCAAUUCUGAAGAGUCUGUAAAGUACGGUAACCGCAAAAACGCUAGCUGUGGGCACAUUGUUAUGUGUAUGACGGUAUGUGAGUGUGGUUAACCCCUUCAGUACUGACGAGGUUAAAAAAAAAUAAGGGAAUAAAAGAGCUGUAAUUUGUGA